CAUCCUGCAUCAUCUUCGAAUCCGAUCACGGCCCUAUGGGAAUACCCAACAGCCACAUACGAAACACGCCGGUACCUAUCCCACACUCGACUCAACUACUCCCGCCUCUCGUGGUGUUACAGGGAUUCACCACAAGCUGAAACGUACAGAUACAAGAGAUACAAGAGACGUGAUGGCGGACGAAAAUCGACUCUUGGGCGUGGCCGUACUCGGCGUUGGGAGGAUGGGGAGACGACACGCUCUCAACACGGCCUUCUUCACACCCCGAGCGAGACUGGUAGCCGUAUGUGAUCCUAUCGAAGCGUGCCUCCAGUGGGCCGAGGAGAACUUGCCAGCGAGCGUCCGCCGCCAAACGGACUUUCAACAAAUAUUCGACGACCCGCAAGUACAGGCGGUCGUCAUCGCGACCGAGACGUCGAGCCAUGCGAGGCUGGCCGUGGAGGCUUUGAGGGCGGGGAAGCACGUCCUCCUAGAAAAACCAAUCUCCAUCAAUCCCCGCGAUUCUGAACCCGUACUCGCCGCCGCCAAGGAGAAUGAGGUUGAGGGGUUGAAAUUGAAGUGUAUGGUCGGGUUGAGUAGGCGGUUCGACGAAUCAUAUAAAGAGGUCAAGAGACAGAUCGACGCGGGACUGUUAGGGACCCCUUAUCUGAUCAAGUCGGCUACGAACGACAUGUACGAUCCGUCCGGCUUCUUUGUCAAAUUCUCCGAAGCUUCCGGCGGGUUGAUAGUGGAUUGUGGGAUUCACGAUAUCGACAUGGCCAGGUGGUUGUUCGGCCUCACCACCGCCGUCACCACCUCCGAUUGCGACGACGCUCCCCGAGUGAAGAGGGUCUUCUCCACAGGUCUCUCCGUCCGUCAUCCCGAGCUCGCCAAGACGAACGAUGCCGACAAUGCCAUCUGCGUCGUCGAGUUCACCGGUGGGAAAGUAUUGGAUUUCCACCUCAGUCGGACGGGGUUGCAUGGGCAUGAUUGUUUAACCGAGGUCUUUGGGAGUGAGAGAAAGGUCAUCGUCAACGGGAACCCGACGAUCAACAGGGUCGAGAUCCGUGAUCAACACGGCGUCCGGACCGAAUCUACUCCGACGUACUACGAGCGCUUCCGCGAGGCUUUCGUCACCGAGGUGAACGAAUUCGUGGCUUGUUGUUUGGACGAUACCGUCGUUCCGGUCUCUCUGGACGACGCCGUCCAGGCGGGCAAGAUCGCCGAUGCGUUGACUCACGCGUUCAGGACCGGGAAACAGGUCUUGUUCGGGGACGACGGGGAGGCGAUCUACGAGUGAUACAUCUAGAGCUAUAGGAAGGAAGCGAUAUGAAAAUGGAAUCGGAGACGGCAGGCGGAAUGUAAAUAGUCGUUUGGGUAGAUCGUGGUACAGCGGCGCUGGAACGGAUGGCACGCGCGUAAUCGACACGUGGCGUUUUGCAUUUUCUGUCGGUAGGGUGGUGCAAACUUGUAGCAUAUGACGAUUCAUCUUUCUUAUCAUCAAAGUCAUGAAGUCAAGG